CCCAGCGCCCCGCCCCGCGCCCCGCCGCCCUCAGCUGCGCGCGGCUCCGGCUCCGGACAUGUCGGGGCCCCGCGCCGGCUUCUACCGGCAGGAGCUGAACAAGACGGUGUGGGAGGUGCCGCAGAGGCUGCAGGGGCUGCGCCCGGUGGGCUCCGGCGCCUACGGCUCGGUCUGCUCAGCCUACGACGCCCGGCUGCGGCAGAAGGUGGCGGUGAAGAAGCUCUCGCGGCCCUUCCAGUCGCUGAUCCACGCCCGCAGGACGUACCGGGAGCUGCGGCUGCUCAAGCACCUCAAGCAUGAGAACGUCAUCGGGCUUCUGGACGUCUUCACGCCAGCCACGUCCAUCGAGGACUUCAGUGAAGUGUACUUGGUGACCACCCUGAUGGGCGCAGACCUGAACAACAUCGUCAAGUGCCAGGCGCUGAGUGACGAACACGUCCAGUUCCUGGUAUACCAGCUGCUGCGUGGGCUGAAGUACAUCCACUCUGCAGGGAUCAUCCACCGGGACCUGAAACCCAGCAACGUGGCGGUGAAUGAAGACUGCGAGCUCAGGAUCCUAGACUUCGGACUGGCCCGCCAGGCUGACGAGGAGAUGACCGGCUACGUGGCCACACGCUGGUACCGAGCCCCAGAGAUCAUGCUGAACUGGAUGCACUACAACCAGACAGUGGAUAUCUGGUCCGUGGGCUGUAUCAUGGCCGAGCUGCUGCAGGGGAAGGCUCUCUUCCCGGGAAGUGACUACAUCGACCAGCUGAAGCGGAUCAUGGAGGUGGUGGGUACGCCCAGCCCUGAGGUUCUGGCCAAGAUUUCCUCGGAGCACGCCCGGACCUACAUCCAGUCUCUGCCCCCCAUGCCUCAGAAGGACCUCAGCAGCAUCUUCCGCGGAGCCAACCCCCUGGCUAUAGAUCUCCUCGGGAGGAUGCUGGUGCUGGACAGCGACCAGCGGGUCAGCGCCGCGGAGGCCCUGGCCCACGCCUACUUCAGCCAGUACCACGACCCCGACGAUGAGCCGGUGGCCGAGCCCUAUGAUGAAAGCGUUGAGGCCAAGGAGCGCACAGUGGAGGAGUGGAAGGAGCUCACCUACCAGGAGGUUCUCAGCUUCAAGCCCCCGGAGUCACCACAGCCAUCUGGUAGCCUGGACAUUGAGCAGUGAGGUGCUGCCCUGCGGCCACCCUUGAACCCAUGGUGGGGCUUGAACUCGCCCCCUCUCAACCCGCACACCUCUGUGUCCAGGCAGCCCUGACCCCCUGCUCUGGGAUCCCUGACUUGAGGGCAGCCCACACACAUGAAUGCAGUGUGCAUGUGUGCAUGCCACGUGCAGGGGUCAGGCAGAAGCGUCCCUGGGCCUGCCUUCAUUGUUCCACCUCCCAGCCACUGUCUCUCUUGGGACCUCACUGUCGGAGGGAGGCCUGGAUACCACAGGGGUCCCACUGGGGAGUGUCUGUCUCCAGAUUCCAUAGGGGGAAGGCACACUAGGGACCCUGGAGACUCACAGGGAGGGUCUCUGUGGCCAGAGCUGCUCGGCCUGGUGGUGGGGGCCGCCCUGAGACCCAGGGUCUGAGAGCUGAGGCAGGCCAGUACCCCACCAGGCUGGGCAGUCUCCACUGGGGUGGACAGUUGGUGGCAGGGCAGGGACAACUUCCCAGUGUCAAGUCCGAAAAGCUGGCCGGACCCUUGCGUUUCCCUGUGCACAUGCAUGUGGGCACGCGUGUGAGUGUGUGCUCCAGGUAUUCACACGUCAGGGCAUGUGUAGGUCUGUGCUGGUGCAUGUGACCCUGUGGUGCCCAAGAGCCAGGGGUCGUGUCCAGCAGGACCUCGAGUUGGGGUGGCUGUGCCAUUGCCUCCCUCCCCCCGGUUCCUGACACCACCCGUGAUGCUGAGGCCCAGCUCUGCAGGGUCCGUGGGCCCAGGGUGGCCAAGCGCGCAAAAGCGGGCGUCCUCCUGGGGCCUGGGGUACCCGAGGCAGGGCAACGAGCCAGCUGGGAGCUGACGGAGCCAGACUGCAGACUGGAGGAAGCCAAGGUGGACAGCACACGAGCGUGUGGACUCGGCCCCAGACACCCCCGCCCCUGGACCUUGGCCCACAGCCGAGGAGCCGCUGCCCUCUCUACCUCUGCCCCUGAUUGUGGUCCUGAAGCCAGACACAGGGGGCCCCGGGGUGUGGGUCAGCCGCCGUCCUCCCUUCUCCCAGGAUGGAGCUGACCACGUGGCCUCUGGGACAGGGCCCAGCUCGGCUGUGCUGGGAGGGGGGGGUCCCUCGUGGAGACGGGCCCGUUGCCCCCAGGGACCAGGGAGGUCUGGAUGUGAAGUGCCUGCACCAGGGGUGCGCAAUAAAGAAGUUCCUCUGUGCUCA